AUGGAGAGCAAACAUUCAUUCGAAAACACAUUGAAGUUGGUAACCAAGAAAAGUGAACUAUUGGGAUCCAGAAUUAAUGAGUUGUUUGAGAAAACGGUGGUGCUUUGUUUAAGUGUGGAUAAUAUGAGUGAUCUUGAAGAUGUUUGGAUGAAGUCCUCACUUCGUUCUCAGUCCUCCUCGUUCCAGAAUAUAAGAAUUCUUGUUGUUUCAGAAUGUGCAGAGUUGGAAUACCUUUUCACACUGGGUGUUGCAAAAGCUAUGUCAAAUCUUGAGCAUCUUGACGUUUUCAAUUGCCUUGUUAUGAAAGAACUCAUACAUCUUGUGAGUGGAGAAGAGAAAGUUACAUUCCCCAAGUUGACGUUUCUAUCUUUGCGUGGGUUACCAGAGCUAUUGGGUUUGUGCCAGAAUGUGAACACAAUUGCCCUACCACACCUCGUGGAGUUAAAAAUUGGAGACAUUCCAAAUAUCGCAAACAUUUAUUCCAAGAAUAAGUUGACAACAUCUUGCUUGUUGAGGGAAGAGGUUUUGAUUCCUAAGUUGCAGCGUCUGCACAUUGAGGGUAUGGAGAAUUUGAAGGAGAUAUGGCCUUGUGACUUUGGAACGAGUGAGGAAGUUACAUUGAGAGAGAUUGAAGUGAGUGAGUGUGAGAAUCUUGUGAAUAUAUUUCCAUGCAAUCCCAUGCCAUUGUUGUGUCAUCUUGAAGAACUUAAAGUCAGGCAUUGUGGUUCCAUUGAAGCGUUAUUCAACAUUAACAUGGAUUAUGUUGUUGCAAUUGAAGAAAGUAGCAUCAGCUUGAGAAGGAUUAAUGUGUUCGGUUGUGAUAAACUUGUGGAUUUGUUUCCGUGCAAUCCCAUGCCAUUGUUGCAUCAUCUGGAAGAGUUAGAAGUCAGAGAUUGUGGUUCCAUUGAAGCGUUAUUCAGCAUUGACUUGGAUUGUGUUGGUGAGACUGGAGAAGAAGGUGGCACCAGCAGCUUGAGAAGCAUUGAAGUAAGAAAUUUAGGAAAGAUAAAGGAGGUGUGGAGGAUAAAAGGUGCAAAUCACUCUCGUAUCCCUAUUUGUGGCUUUCAAGCUGUUGAAAGCAUCAAGAUUACAGGAUUGGAGGUGAUAUUUGAGACUUUGGAUAUAUGGGGUAUGGAGAGGAUGAGCCACGUGUGGAAGUGUAACUGGAAUGAGUUCUUAAUUCUUCACAGAAAACCAUCAGAAUCCCCAUUCCACAACCUCACAACCAUAAAUCUGAAAUACUGCAAAAGCAUUAAGUACGUGUUUUCACCUCUCAUGGGAAAACUUCUUUCCAACCUAAAAGAAGUCAAGAUAGGAUAUUGUGAUGAUAUGGAAGAAGUUGUUUCAAACAGAGACGAUGAAGAUGAAGAAAAAAUAACAUCUACAUCUACCCACACAAGCACCUCUCUGUUCCCUCUUCUUGAUUCUCUUAGUUUAUACCACCUACAAAAUCUCAAGUGUAUUGGUGGUGGUGGUUCCACAACUACCUCCUUUCUUGAUCAAUAUAAGGAAGAAGAAGGUGAUGGAGAUCAAACAACAAAGGCAACUUCUAAGUCUAGGAAUGUGUCAUUUCCUUAUCUAAAGACUAUUAAACUAGUGGAUCUACCAGAGCUCAUGGGUUUCUUUUUAGGGAUGAAUGAGUUCCAGUGGCCUUCAUUGGAUAAGAUUUUGAUCAAUGAUUGCCCACGGAUGAGGGUGUUCACAGCUGGUGGGUCCACAGCUCCACAACUCAAGUAUGUGAAAACAAGGUUAGGCAAACAUAGUCCUCGAUGUUGGUUUAACUCGCAUGUGACAACCACUACUACUCAACAACAUCAGGAGAGUACAAGCUUCUCCUGCCCUGCUGUUACUUCAGAAGAGAUCCAUUGGUCUUUUCAUAAUUUGAUCGAAUUACAUGUGACAGAUAAAACAUUUGUUGAAAAGAUUAUCAUUCCAUCCAAUGAGUUGCUACAUCUGAAAAAGCUGGAAAAGAUUUAUGUAAGGGAAUGUGCUUCAGUGGAGGAGGUAUUUGAAGCAGUAGAAGGGACAAGGACAAACAGUGGUUCUGAUGAAUCACAAACAACUAUUGUUACACUUCCAAACCUGACACAAGUGGAGUUGGUGAAUCUAGAUUGUCUCACGCAUAUAUGGAAGAGCAAUCGCAUAUAUGGAAGAGCAAUCGGUGUUUGGUAUUUGAGUUUCCAAACCUAA